CCUUGAACUGAUAAGACUGACCCUUCGUGUUCUUUACUGUAAACAUUUUAUCAUUGAAAACAAAUUAUUUAGUCAAUUUAAAUUGUAAUAGAAAUGAUCUAAUUUUAUGCUGUGAUUGAUUGAUAUAAAAUAAAAUGGUUGUUGCUGCUUUUCCCAUUGUAAAGCUUGGAGCUUUAGCUGCUCGUCAGAUAAGUAAACCUUUAGCUAAAAGAAUUCAAAUCAAAGCUAAAACAUCGCCAGUUUUAAGGACUUACCUGUGUCUACCUUUAGCUAAUUUUUAUCAUCGUUUGGAGGUAACAUUCAAGAUGCGGUCAUUGAAUCUUAAGAAGCCAGCCAAAGUAUCCAAUUUAAGUGAAACAGCAGCUGUUGAAUUGGGUGCUGAAUUACUCGGAGAGCUUAUUAUAUUCACUAUUGCUGCUCUAACCGUGACAUUUGAAUAUAGAAGACAAUCAAAGGCUAAGCAAAUCGAAGCGGCGCAAAGCGAAACGAAAUGGUCUAAUUUGGUUGGUCGUUUAAGAGACUUGGAAAUGCAGAUGGAUACAGUGAAUGCUCAAUUAAGACAUUUUGAAAGAACUUUACAUGAUAUUGAUAGUAGAACAAAAGAUAAAAAUUCAAAGACUACCGAUAAGAAAUAAUAAAUGAUGCAAAAUUUAGUCAACUAGCGUGUUCAGAUUUUUAUUAGAGGAGGGAGUUUAUUGUUACACCCAUUACUCUUUUUGUAUUUAUGAUCAUAGAAUCGAGCAAAAUGAAUAAAGAAACGAUAAAAAUGUAUAGUUGUUACACCAAA